AAGUGCGGCAGCGGAGCGGCCCCGCCGGUCGGGGAGCAGCCCGGGCUCCGGCGGCCCGGGAUGGCCGCUGCGGUGCCUCCCGAUGCGCUGGGUCGGCGGGUCGCCUGUGGCACCGACUAUGGGACCGUGCGCUAUGUGGGCAGCGUGUCUCCUACUGCAGGAAUUUGGCUGGGCGUGGAAUGGGAUGAUCCUCAGAGGGGAAAGCAUGAUGGCAGCUAUGAAGGAACACAGUAUUUUAAGUGCAGGCAUCCUAAGGGAGGAUCAUUCAUCCGGCCAAACAAGGCAAAUUUUGGAGUAGAUUUUCUUACUGCAGUAAAGGAUCGGUAUGGAUUGAACGAUAAGCAAGAUGCUCAGUGUGGGACAGGGGAUACAGUCGUGUUUGGAACGAAGACUGUGGAAUUUGUUGGCAUGGAUUCUGUUGCAGAACAGCAAAGACAGCUGAACAAACUGGUGGAUAUCUCAGUGCGUGAGUGUGCAGUGAGCCAUGCUGCUCAGGAAGAGGAAAUCAGCAGAACGUGUGCCAAUAUGAGGCAUAUAAACCUAUCAAAAAAUCUGAUAUCAUCUUGGGAGACAGUAAUAGCUAUUGCUUCUCAAGUUCAAAAUCUGGAAACACUUAAUGUCAGUGAAAACAAAAUGCGAUUUCCAUCUACAUCAACUUUUACAUCCAGUGCAUUUUCAAACUUGAAGAUUCUGGCACUUAAUCAAACUGAAAUAACAUGGACAGAGGUUCUUCUUUGUGCUCAAGGAUGGCCAGUACUUGAAGAGUUGUACCUUUCUUCUAAUAGUAUUACAGUUUUGGAAAGGCCUGAUAACGUCCUGCAGACCCUGAAGUUGUUAGACCUUUCAGACAACCAGCUACUGGAUGGAAAUCAGCUGCAUCUCAUAGCACAGCUCCCCAGAUUAGAACAGCUAAUACUUAGAAAUACUGGGAUAUCAUCUAUUCACUUUCCUGAUGCUGGAUUUGGAUGCAAAACUAAAAUGUUUCCUUCACUAAAACGCCUUGCAAUAAAUGAAAAUAAAAUAUCACAGUGGUCAUCUAUCAAUGAGCUUGAUAAACUGCCAAGUUUGCGGGCACUGCAGUGUAACAAUAACCCCUUCAUGAACACAGAGAAGAACCCAGAGACCCUGAUACAGCUCAUUAUUGCCAAGAUAAGUCAGUUGGAGGUUUUGAACAACUGUGAGAUCCUUCCUGCUGAAAGAAGAGGAGCAGAGCUUGAUUAUCGCAAAAUAUUUGGAAAGGACUGGCUAGAAGCUGGUGGGCAUUGGAACCCAGAGAAAAACAAACCAAGUGAAGAAUUUCUUGCUGCCCAUCCCAGAUAUCCAAUACUUUGUCUUAAAUAUGGAGCACCUGAAGAAGGAGAACUGAAGAGACAACAACCUUUGACUCUGAAAAAUCAGCUCCUGACUUUGACAAUUAAGUGUCCUGAGAAACCUGAACAGAAGCCAGUGGAGAAAAAACUACCAGAGUCUAUGACUAUUCAGAAGGUCAAAGGACUGCUGUAUCGCCUAUUUAAAAUUCCUGGCUCAGACCUGAAACUGUCCUACAAAAGUUCUAAAUUGGAAGGAAAAGAAGUCGAACUAGACAAUGACUUAAAGCCUUUGCAGUUUUACUCAAUAGAAAGUGGAGACUGUGUGUUAGUACGAUGGUAAGAAGGGACUCUCUUGCUGGACUGAAGGAAGAACUGACACAAGAACUGCAGAAGAGAGACAGACACACAGACAGCCUGUGCCUGAACAGACAUACAGGUGAAUAUGAGUUUCACAUACGUGGCACCAAAGGGCUGUACAAUUGUACUUUCAGCUCCUCAACUUGAUCAUCAGCCUCCAUGAAAACAUCUGCUCCUUUGUCCUACUGGAGAGAUACCAAAUAGUGCUUAAAUGCUUCAAUUAAAUAAAACUCAAGGUCACCCUUUUGCCAGGAUUUUAUACAGCCUGCCCCCAGCAGUGCGAAAAUUUGUUUUACUGAACCAAGUACAGGGCUGAGUUGUGAUCUCUUUGCUGACAAGACAAGAUCAGUGCUGCACUGAGAGGCCACUUGCUCUUUGUUUUCACCUACAUCUAACAACCUUAAUGUGAACAAAACCCAGUAGUAUUUUUAGAAGCAUCUAUCUUAGAUGAUUAGGGUCAAAAUCUGCCAGACGUCCCUUCUAUCCACAUUAUAAAUAAGUUCUCAGCACACUGCAGGGCAUUGCUAUUUAUUUUACAAUCUUUAGCAUGCUGUUCCUCAAUCUUAUUUUACUUAUUUUACCUCAGAUUCAUAUCUAGUCAGAGUGAGCUCUCAGAAAUCCCUCCUGUAUCAGGCCAAGCUUGCUGUACUUAAAGAUUUGGUAUAAGCAAACCUUGAUUUUUUUUUUUUAAUUUAAAAUGACAAUGGUAUAAACAAACCAAUCACAUAUCCUAACCCCCAUUGCUGUCCCUGUUCCUGCACAGAUGAGGGCAAUCCCUCAGACAGCACAGAACCUGCUGCAGCAAGACUUACCAGCUGAUGCUGGGCACAACUCUCCAUGGGAUCCUGGAACACCCUAGCAAUCAAUCAAUCAAUCGGUAGUGCUUUAAUUUACAAAAGACAGGCUAGUUGGUGUUCUUAUGUGCAUUUAUUAAUUACAAGUAGGUCUUUGACUUUAUAUAAAAAGGAUUUUGUUUUUUUUUAAUCUUGAACAUUUUGGUUUUUGUCUGAUGAACAUCUAUACUAUAGAAAAUGAAUUGUAUCAGUCCACUUGUAAUUAUCAAAAGGGAUGUGCAAAUAUUGUUAUACUUUAGUUGAAACCCAGCAUUAAAAGGUACCUUAAUAUUUCUUAUUGUUCUGGGAAUGAAUCCAAAUGUACACUUUUCCAUGAUCAUUAUACACUACCCUGUUUUCCAAGGCAAGCCCGUCAUCUUUCCUCACAUCUACAUGGAUCUCCACACAGUUCCUUUAAUCUCCAGAGCUCUCCCAGCUCCUGGGGUGAGUACUGGGGGGAAGACAGCAUGCCACUCUCACAUGUCUUCUCACACAACCAGAGACCAUCCUGUUAAGAGAGAGAAACAUUUCAAUAGGUUUUCUUAGAAAGUAUAUAGUCUCCAACAAUCUUCACUUCCAAGAAUCAGGUGCUUAUUGCUUCUAGCAACAAACAUUGCACACAAAGGUCCCAAAGUGAUCUGCUAGACCUAUUCAGAGAACCUGGGGGUAGGGAUGGAGUCUGCAGGUUUAUGGCAGUUUUGUGGUUUUACUUUUAAAUAUGUCUUUAAAAUACUUUUUUCCUCUGGAUUUUAAUUCAAUGGUUAUUUCAAUUCCUUUUUAAAGAAAAAGAAAACAAAAAAAAACAUUUCUCCUGUUUUAUGCUACUUGGAACAGCAGGCAUCUCUUCUUUCUGUAAGGUCAGACAAUUCCUUCAGACUUACUUGAUAUCGCUUGGGUCCUACAGCUGCCAUCCAGAUGCCCAUGCUCACAUCUUCACCCUGAGAUAAAAAUAAGAAAUAUAGAUAUGAGCACCAAGAAAGCAAAAAGCAUAACUUUGACCUGGAAUAAGUUGUAUAAUCUACCAGCAGGAAAGAAUGGUAACUACAAAAACCUACGCCAGACUACUGCAGAGGUGUUAAAAUAAUCCUCCCACCUUUCCCAUGACAAUACAUUGUUCUUACAAAAACAGAGUACAAAAAAACAAGAUUACAGCUCUAGAGGUUCUCAGUCCAAAACAUCUGAGCUUUGACCUAGAACAGGCACUAAGCACAGCAACCAAAAACAUAGCAAAAGCCCACAUUAGCCAGGAAUACCCAAUGCUAACACUUGAGCAAUGUUCUGACUCACCCAGUACAUGCUGUUACAGAAAAACUGAACUAAUCUUUGUUACCUGGUAUGUUUUUAAUCUUUCAGAGUUGCUUGCCAGCCACUGCACAAUGUCUUUGGAGAUAACAUAGCCAGACCCACAAGCAAAGGCUGGAUAUGCAGGACUUGGAUACUCCAGUUCUUGCCAUUUCCCAGUUCGAUCAACUGCCCAAUUUAGUCUGAAACUGAAGAGACCAUGUUAGACAUGAGAUGUUUAUAGAGAGUCCUUUGUGGAACCUAUGAACACUGGUAACAACUGAAGUAAUACUGAUAGUGAAUGAUUGAGAGAAAGAAGUAGGUAAUUCUAAUUAUAGCUCCUAGUCUUAUUUCUCUAGGGCACAAAGCUAAAAUUUUAACUGUUGUUUGGACUUAAUUGGCCUGUCAAUCUUGGAUAAUAAGAGAAAGUUUUCAAAACAGAAACAAAAGCAAUAUUGACAGUCAGAUCUUCAGCAUCUGCACCUUGUUGUUGGGUUUUGAACUAGGUAAGCACACACAUCCUUACCUAUUUUGUAACAAGCACAUCUGUCUCCUGCUAAUUAACCCCUGUGGUUAAUCAACAUGACACACAGGCAGUGCCUCCAGCAGGUAUGCAGACAGCAAUGGUAUGCAACCCAUUUUCCUGUUAAAACUAGUGGCUGCUUAAAAAUCAGGAAGCGGUACAUACCUUCCUCCUAAGCUGUUUUCCAAAUGAAGCUCAACAAAGGAGAUGUUCAAAGGCUGCCAUCACUGAAUCACAAAAGAACUCUUCCUGGCAGUGGUGUUCCCUAAGGCUUUAUUCACUCCCAGAGGCCUGCAGGAAGCAGUCUCUGCACAGUCUCCCCACAUGCUCAAAGUGUGGCACAGCUCACUGCCGCACUGUGCAGCCCUAUGGACCCUGUCUAACUGCCCAGUGAGGCAGUGAAAGGCAUCCUGCUUUCCCUCUCUGGGAAGAAGCUGCUGUUGCACUCCCCUGGCCUCACAAACACUUCAUGCACUCACAGCUAAGAGACAUAACUGUGUCAAUGCAGCAGGGUCUCCCCAUUUUACAAAGAGGUUCAGCAUUGCUGAUUUCCAGUCAUGAGCACAAGCAGCUGAAAGCUUCAGUGAGCUACUAAGAACUGUCACUUCAAACAACAGCCCUGAAAGGGAGGAAUUACAGCUGAGUCACAGAUAUGUUAUUAGAUUCUGCCCAUUCUCAACUGAAGCUGACAUGUUAAAGCACAAAGUAAAUGAAAGUCUCAUCUGAUACCUGAAUUCACUUUAGGCUCAAUAUCUUCUACUCCAUUGAAUACACAGCAUGAAGGGCUGAACCCCCUUCAGACUGAGAAGCAUCUACUUUGAUAAUCAUUUUAUAUUUCCAUAGUUAUUUCAGUGUUGUUCCCUGCAUGUCAUACUUGCCUGACCUGAAGACUAUUAAAGAACUUACAGUCAAAGAUGUCUCUCCUACAGAUCUUUGAGUUAAUCACAAGAUAACCAACUUUCACACACUUGACCACACACCUUAUUAAAUCACUUUAUGUGUAAGCAACAGGCAGAACUAGAUUUGUGAAGCAAAGCAGCAAAGGUCUGCUCUUCUUCAAUGAGCAGAAGGCAACAGGAAGCCACAUUAUACCAUUAUGUUAUAUUGAAUGCUAUAGUAGCAGCAGAAGUGGGUAGCAAUGCCUAAAAUUUACAGAUGUCACAAUAAAGUGCAGACCAGAACAGAAA